AAUUCCCACUCCCACUAUAAUAUCUUGAUCUUCACAUCCCAAUGUGUUGGUUAACAUUUUAUAGCUUUUAUCACUCACCUUCCUUCUUCACUUUCUCUCCCUCAAAUUUUCAAUUUCUUGCAAUUUUCUCUCAAAUGGGUCUCAAAAUUUUCAUGGUUUUCUUCAUGCUAACCUCAGUGUUAUUCUUUUUUCUCUUCAUCCCCACAAGACUAACCACACAAAUCUCCACCUUCAGGAAUGUUAACAUAGACUCCCUCAGUUUCAUCAGAGCCAGCAAUUCAUCAUACCCUGUUACUUUUGCCUACUUGAUCUCUGCAUCCAAAGGAGAUUCUGUGAAACUCAAAAGGCUGCUGAGGGUGCUGUAUCAUCCAGGGAACUACUAUUUGAUUCACAUGGAUUAUGGGGCUCCAGAAGCAGAACAUAGAGAUGUGGCAGAACAUGUGGCUAGUGAUCCUGUUUAUGGUGAAGUUGGGAAUGUUUGGAUUGUGGGGAAACGCAAUUUGGUCACUUACAGAGGACCAACAAUGCUUGCAACCACACUCCAUGCUAUUGCAAUACUUCUCAGGACAUGUCAAUGGGAUUGGUUUAUUAAUCUUAGUGCAUCUGAUUAUCCCUUAGUUACACAAGAUGAUCUGAUCCAGGCUUUUUCUGAGGUUCCAAGGGAUAUCAAUUUCAUACAGCAUAGCAGUCGCUUGGGUUGGAAAUUGAAUAAGAGAGGGAAGCCAAUAAUGAUAGACCCUGGGCUUUAUAGUCUCAAUAAAUCAGAGAUUUGGUGGGUUAUCAAGCAGAGGAGUUUACCAACAUCUUUUAAACUCUACACAGGUUCAGCUUGGACAAUAUUAUCAAGAUCUUUUGCAGAGUACUGCAUUAUUGGAUGGGAAAAUCUUCCAAGGACCCUCCUCCUCUACUACACUAACUUCGUCUCAUCCCCAGAAGGCUAUUUCCAAACAGUUAUAUGCAACUCUAAAUCCUACAAGAACACCACAGCCAACCAUGACCUUCACUACAUUACUUGGGACAAUCCUCCAAAACAACACCCCAGGUCUCUUGGAAUCAAAGAUUAUCGAAAAAUGGUUCUCAGCAACCGUCCUUUCGCGCGAAAAUUCAAGCGAAAUGAUGCCGUUCUUGAUAGAAUUGAUAGGGAUCUUCUGAAGCGGUAUCGCGGGCAUUUUUCUUUUGGUGGGUGGUGCUCUCAGGGUAGUGGUGGAAAGAAGAACAGAGCAUGCUCUGGUUUGAGAAGUGAGAAUUAUGGUCUGCUUAAACCUGGCCCAGCCUCAAGAAGGUUGAAAAAUCUGAUAACAAAACUUCUAUCUGAUAGAUUCUUUCGCCAACAGCAGUGCAGGUGACCAUUUGAUUUCCAUUGAUUUGAGCACUUGUAAUAAAGACUCUAUAAUAUAUUAGUAAUAAUUAAUAAUCAAUCAUUUUUGUCA